CUACCUGCUUGAUUUAUAUCGGUUACGCUUCAUGUUGACAAGUCCCAAAUGGCGGCCAAACUUGGAGAUUGCCGAAAAUUAGGUAAGUUCACAGAGUUAUAAAGUUCUCGUAAAGGUCGGGCCGCAAAGUUUUUUACUGUAAAUACCUUUUCUAUGGCACCUACUUCCUAGCUAUGUUAGUUGGAUCAGUUAAGAACGCCUCACUUUUUCAAAAAUUUACCUUGAAUUUGAUCGGUUUUGGCGUGUGUGAUUUAAGCUAACCGAUGAGGUGUCAUUCAAGUCUUCCUGUUUCCUUGAUUGACACGUGAUGGUUACGGAAGUCGCCUCGAUAGAUAAGAUAAAGUUAAUAUACAUGGCUGUGGUAUUUGUUUUUUGCUGAGUUCCGUAGGUUUUUGUAUAUUGUCCUCCAAAGUUGUAUGAAAUUAAAGUCUUGAAAAGUGUCACGACAAGCCUUCGCUCUAGGGAAAUUUAAUUUCCGUAAAACUCUGAAAAAUAAAGAGAUCCGAUCAAACUGAUUGUGGUUUUAGUAUAGGUACAUGAAUGUCUUACAACACACGAGAAACGAGCGAAAUCCGUGUCUCAAGCAAAAUCGACCGGACUGCUCUUACAGAGACACUCUCUUAAACACGCUGAAAAUCUGCGAGCGAAACAAUGGUCGGAGUUCUAAGUAGGUUUUCUUUCGCCACCGAAACAACAAUCUUGUAGCUGAAAACGGCUCUAACAACGAAAAGCACCGCUUUUUGGUUGUCGGAUUAGAAAAAGUGGUGAUCAGUGGAGGGAAUUGCCAAGGAAAUCGAAAAUUAGGGGCUUAACACUUUGCUCGAGCGAUUCUACGCCGAAAUUAAAAACAAACAUGGUUAAACCUCGCAAACGACGAUUUCAUUUCGUUGAAAGUGAUUCAGACACAGACUAAACAAUUCCUUGAACUUUUAAACCGGGCUUGAACUUUUCUGCGCCUUAAAGAUGUGAAAACAUCUUUGUAUUUUAUUGUUUAGAUCGUACGCGGUUGUUUUGACCGAACGCACAAUGUCAUUUGUAGGGUUUGAAUAAAUUAUUUUUGCACUUGAUGCACGCGCUUAGCUUCUGCAUAAUUAUAAUAAUCUAUCUCGUAGUUUUUCAUUUAUAUUAUUAAUACGUAAUCACAUGAUUUUUCCCGUAAAUAAGCACUUGUAAAUUUUGUAAAAUUUUCCAAAGACCACAAAUUGCAGUCACCCUACGGGCUCGUGCAAUUUUUUAGUCUUUAAAAAAGUUCAUGUGAUUACCUAUACUUAUAUACAAACUUUACUUGCAUGACUGACACUACUUAUAUAAUGAGGAUCAAUUGAAAAUCCACCAUAAUAAAACUUCUAGCAUUAAUACCAAUAAACACUAACAGCUUGCCUACUGAUAUACACUGGCAUAAAUGACUAAAUCAUGGAAAUCAUAUAUGUGAACUGCGGUGAAAGAGAUAAGUAUGGAAGCGACCUUCGCAGCAUGGAACACAACUUAAGCAGUGGUGAAAUUAAGGCCUGAAGAAAAGUCGGAAUAUCUCCAUAAGGUGUCUGACGUCUACAAUAACAAUUACUUAAUGCAAUGCCUAAAGGUAAUUUACGCAAAUGGAAAUAGAUCUCUAAUUCAUAAACGUGAAUUGUCUCCGUGGUACAUCCGUCACAUAGAGUCUUGUUCCAGCCGAGAAGCGUCUUACAUUCUAGUAACGCGGUGCACGAUUUUACACUUUGGUACUUUUGCAAAAGCAGUUUGGCAACAUGUCUCGCAUCUUGUCUCUUGGUACCUUCACUGUGCUGUGCUCUCUGAUGUGUGUUGUGAAAUGUAAGGAAGAUGGGUAGAUUUUUUUAUUAAUAUCAGGGAAAAUUUUUAAAACUGGAAAUUUAUAGUGCGUUUGAAGCAGGAAUAAACGAAAGUAAUUCACUUCGAAUGCUCUAUUGUGACUAUUACCAAAAUUCCCAAGUUUUCAAAAUUUUCUACCUUCUAAUAGGAGAGUAAAAUGUUUAUAAAGCCAUUAUGAGGAUAUGUAAAUCUCCUAAAAGACAGGUGGGAUCUACCUGACGCAAGCUGUUUUAGGCAGGCGGUUGGGAUAAAAGGAUCAUGCUAUAAAAUUCUGCACAAAUUCAUGUUGCGCUCUUUUCAAUUUGUUAAUAUGCUUUGACGCUGAAUAAAAAACUCCCUACUUGUCGCUCACAAAAUUUCAUAAGAUGACUAUGGAAUUUAGUCAGCUAAAGUGAAGCUUAAUCAUCCAUUUUUCUCUCAGCAUAUUUACACAACGAAAUAAAUAAAUAUAAAAUUUCAAAAACCUCCCCCGAAUAUCUAAUUAGUCCUUUAACUGUCGUUUUGAAAAUGAUUUUCGAUUAGGAUCAGAAGCAAAUAUGUAGAAUUGUAAAAACGGUCGAAAUGUCGGCACAACCUUUUUAUCGCGUGAACUUCCGUCGAAUACAUCUAAAUCUAAAUUUAGAGAUAGCUCCUUCUGAAAAAAAUGUAAACGUUUUGUGGUUUCAAAUUCACGGGUAAGGAAUAAGUUUCGAUUAAACAACGAAAUGUCCUUCAGUUAUCUAGAGACUGGAAUUCUUAAGGAACACAAUCAUCUCGAAAGAAAUAACCGAACAUUAUCAUUAUUGUCUGUAUUCUACACUGACAUAAUGAACUUGGAAAAACACUGGGGAAGUUGCCCCCUAAAUUUUUCUCCAAUCUACAUCCUAGAUCCUAAAUUGCUCGUCUCGAUACUAACUUUUCGUGUUUUGAAAUGCCAAUUCUUCAACAAAAUUUGCAUCUUUUUCCUUUGACAGGUACAGAAUUGAAGAUUCACCUAUCGAUUAUUUACAAAAUAAAUACACUUAUGCCUUAAUUAAAAUCAGCCCCAUGUUAAAAGUUUGUUGACUUCUGCAAAGUAGUUGAAAACAAGAGCUCAAAUUAUCCCAUAACUCAUCACUGAGAUACAAGAGGCGACGCUUUAAGAACGCACUUGAAAAUUAUAAAAUGGAACAAAUCUUUUUCAAGGCGAUGUCUGUUGCAAUCCUCCUUGUUUAAGUCUCUGAAAAUAAAAACAAAAACACAACAAAACACUACAAAACAAAAUUAUAAAUUUCUCCCUGUAAACAUAUAAAUAAACUCUUUCAAUAGGAUAAGUUUCGAUAUUUAUUUAAAAAGAAGACAAAACAGAAAGCUUUAAGCCUCUCCUGGGAAACCAUACAAGUUACACCUGCAGCCACUUCCAAAACAGCGCACUGCAUAGUGGUACAUACAACACAAUCUAAGAACAGCGAACCUACGUGAGAAUUUCGCAAUUCUAAAGAAGUGCCCUAGAAAGCUCGACUAUCUUAUAUUCGAGAUCCUCCUUAUAAAAAAAGAAAAGACCGCACAUUAACCUUACAGAACAUUACUCAAUAUCGUAGUAUUCAGUCAUGGCUUGUAGUUUUGCUUGAUCUCAAGUUCUGUUUAGAAAAUGAAGGUAAAUUAAAUGUAUCGUUUUUCUUGUUUCUUUUUUUCUUCAUUUAUAUUCUAACUUUACUUGCGACACUGAAACUACUUGAGUUAUGAGAAUCAAUUGAAAAGUCACCAUAAUAAAACUUCCAACAUUAAUACCAAUAUACACCCACAGCUUGCUUACUGAUAUACACCGGCAUAAAUUACUAAAUAUAUGAAAAUCAUAUAUGUGAACUGCAGUGAAAUUGAUAAGUAUGGAAGCGACCUUCGAAAUAUUGAACACUACUUAAGCAGAAGUGAAAUUAAGGCCUGAAAAAAGUCAGAAUAUCUCAAUAAGGUGACUGACGUCUGUCAUAACAAUUACUUAAUGCAAUGCAUAAAGUUAAUUUACGUAGAUGGAAAUAGAUCUCUAAUUCAUCGACGUUAAUUGUCUCCGUUUUACAUCACAUUGAGUCUUCAGGAGCUCCAGGCGAAAAGCGGCUUGCAUGCAAGCAACGCGGUGCACAACCUUACAUUUUGGUAAUUUGGCGGGAGUAGUUUUGCAACAUGUCUCGCAUCGUGUCUCUCGGUACCUUCAUUAUGCUGUGCUCUCUGAUGUGUGCUAUGAAGUGCGAAGAAGGUGGGUAGAUUUUUUAAUCAGUAUAAGGAGAAAGUUUUUAAAACUGUUAUUUUAUAAUGUGUUGGAAGCGGGAAUAAACAAAACAAUUCAUUGCGAGUGUUCUAUUGUGACCAUUACAAAAAUUCCAAGGUUUUCAAAAUGUUCUACUUUCUUAUAGGAGAGUAAAAUGUUUAUAAAGCUAUUAUGAGGAGACGUUAAUCGUCAAAGACAGGUGGGAUCUACCUCACGCAAGUCUUUUUAAGCAGGCGGUUGGGAUGAAAGGAUCAUGAAUUUUAGGCUAUAAAUGCACUCUCUUUAAUUUGUUAGUAUGCUUUGACGCUGAAGAAAAAUUCCGUAAGUGCCGUUAUUUUCAUGAGUAUGACUAUGAAUUUAGUCAGCUAAAGUGAAGCUUAAUCAUCCAUUUUUCUCUCAGCAUAUUUACACAACGAAAUAUAUAAGUAGAAAUUUCAAAAACCUCCCCCGAAAGUCUAAUUAGUCCUUUUACUGUCGUUUUAAAAAUGAUUAUCGAUUAGCAUCAGAAGCAAAUAUGUAGAAUCGUAAAAACGGUCGAAAUGUCGACACAACCUUUUUAUCGCGUGAACCUACGUCGAAUACACAUAAAUCUAAAUUUAGAGAUAGCUCCUUUUGAAAGAAAUUUACACGUUUUAAGGCUUCAAAUCCACUUGUAAGGAAUUAGUUUCGAUUAAACAACGAAAUGUCCUUUAGUUAUCUAGAAACUGAAAUUUUUAAGGAACACAAUCAUCUCGAAAGAAAUAACUGAAUUUAGUUUUGUCUCAUCUUUUUAUUAUCGUUAUCUGUAUUCUACACUGACAUAAUGAACUUGGAAAAACACUGAGACUUUCAUGAAAGCUGCGCACAAAAUGUUUCUCCAAUCUACAUCCUAAAUCUUAGACCCUAAAUUGUUUGUCUCGAUACUAACUUUUCGUGUUUUGAAAUGUCAAUUCUCGAAUAAAAUUUGCAUCUUUCCUCUUUGACAGGUUCAGAACUGAAAAAUCACCUAUCAAUUAUUUACCAAAAAGUACACUUAUGCCUUAAUUAAAAUCAGCCCCAUGCCAAAAGUUUGAUGACUUCUGCGAAGCGGUUGAAAACACGAGCCAUAACUCAUCAGAUACAAAAGGCGACGCUUUAAGCCUCGAAAACACGAGCCAUAACUCAUCAGAUACAAAAGGCGAAACUUUAAGCCUCUCCUGGGAAACCAUACAGGUUGCACAUGCAGUCACUUCCAAAACAACACACUGCAUAGUGGUACAUACAACACAAUCUAAAGAAGUGCCCUAGAAAGCUCGACUAUCUUAUAUUCCAGAUCCUCCUUAUAAAAAAGAAAAGACCAGACUUUAACCUUACAGAACAUUACUCAACAUCGUAGUAUUUAGUCAUGGAUUGUAGUUUUGAUUGAUUCUAGGUUAACUUUACCAAUUCAUGUAAGACCAUAAAGUCUAGGGAGGGCCAACCACCCUCGUUAAGUUUAGGCAACGACACGAUUUCGAGUGCACUUUAGUGUAAAUAAGCACGAGUAUACUUUUCAAAGACAACAAAAUUGCACUUGCCCUACGGGCUCGUGCAAUUUGUAGUCUGAAAAAUUUACAAGCACUUAUUACACCAAAUUGCAGGGGGAAUUAUGUUAUUACUUGCUAUAAUGUACAUGAAAAAACAUCGCAGAAGGUCAAGAAAGACGAAAUUUUGAAGCGUGAGUGCGCUAUUUGUAACUUUCACUCGUGUUACAACUUUGGAGCGCGUAACUUUUUCAUAAUCAUUAUUGAUAGAGUUAUUUAAUUAUAACACUUACCAAGACCUCAUUCGGGUGAAAUGAUUUGUAUGAAUACAAAGCGUACUUUCAAGCUUUGUUCUCAUAAAAGAAAUCAUUUAUGUACCUUAAAAUUUCUGUGCAUAUUUACAUAUAGUACAUCAAUUGUGCCAAUCCCUUUCAAUUUUGACAAUGAAAACAGGAUAUUAUCGAAACGUCAUGUUAUGCUUUUUUCGUUGAUUUAAAUUCGUACACUCUUUGUAUUAAGUUGAUUGCAGUUUCCUUUACCAAUUUCUCUACCUCCAUCCCUUCCCUACUUUACACCUUUACUACUAAAUCCGGUGUCCUUGUCACAUAGAGCAUUCGCUUGUAACUAGUGGUAUCAUGUUCUUCCUAUCGGAAAAUAUAUUAUUCAUCAUUCUUUUCUAUAGGCCAAUGUCGUCAACUGGAGUUCAGAGCUGCCCUUGCAUUUCGAGGAAAACGGCUGCUUAACCAUAAGAUAAAAGAAGUUGACAACGUCGCAAAGGACUUCUGUGGAGCAUUGUGUUUCAUAGAACCCAACUGUAUCAGCUAUAAUAUACUAGUAUCCAAUGAUUCUCCCUCGAUCACCAAAUGCGAGAUGAAUAACGCUACACAUUUUGAACACCCGAGUGAUCUGAUGUCAUUUCCAAACAGCAUCUAUCGUGGAUCCAAGGUGUGUUUAUAGCUGCAAUGAUUAGGAUAACCGCAGAGUUCUUCUUUUGGCCUAUCCGUAUGUCUUUGACACAAUUCAAAUUUUUACUGGUUUAUUCACAUCUUUUUUAUUUUGACUGUAAAUGUAUAAGAACCAUAUUUGUGAACUGCGGUUAAAGAAAUGAAUUUGAAAGCGAUCUUCGCAUUAAUAAACACUACUCAAGCAGUAGUGAAAAUAAGGCCUGAAAAAAAUUCAGUCUUCUCUUAGCUAACAAGCCAACUGGGAGCUGGUCCACAGUUCAUAGAUAUGAUUUUCAUAAAUUUACAGUUAUUUAUUCUUCCCCUCACAGGUUGCGUAGACUUACGUUGUAAGUUGCGUAGACAUAGCCCUAACUUGUCCUUUUUUGCUUCUUUAUAAAGAACGCUUGCAUAAAGAAGCCAUGCCCAAGUAAUGCGAUCUGCCAGGCUGGUUUUUCCAGUGAGGGGUAUAGAUGUGUCUGCUUACCGGGUUACGCGGGUGAAGAUUGCGCAGAAGGUGAGGCAGAUAUCUAAGUGUUAGCAGUCACUUAACGACUAGGAAAGUCGGUGACCGUUUGUUUUAUUUUAAGUCUUUAGUACUCUCGUCGUGCAUUUAUUUUCGCGUCGAGGAUAAUGAAGGACCAGCAGUAAACUGUGAGAAAAACCUGAGGAAACGUCAGGGGAGGGGGGUGGGGGAAUGUUGGCUACAGGUGGAAAAACAUUUAUCGAUGGAAUAGCCUUAUUGCCGCUUUCCGCGAUGGAGACCUGGUGAACCCCAGCUGCAACGCAAUCCAGCCAGUAACUCGACGCGUUUACUGUUUCUGACAGUGCGACAUCUUCUCUUGAGUUCAAAGUAAAACGUGAUUAAAUUGCUGCGAAAGUUUCCCCGCUCGGAGGACGUGAAAGUUAGUUAUUUCACGUUUUUUUUUCUUGUAUGAGACAGCUAAGAAAAGUACAAGUUUUAUAACGCACGUGCUACGUUAUUUUUUUGCUCAUUAGCUCUUUGGUUCGCUACGUCUACGGUCUACGUUCUGAAAAUCCCUGGUAAAAAUAAAGAAUAGCGGACCCUCACUCAUUGUAAGAUAUGAAUUAUUAGUUGUCUGUGCAGGGCAGAAAAUCGAAACCUUAGUAAUUGAAUUACUUCAAAAUUUUACCUUUAAGACGUUGAUGAGUGCAGUCUGGGAGAACACAAAUUUGAUUCAAAUGCUGAAUGUAGAAAUAACGUUGGAUCCUACAGCUGCAAAUGUAAAGAGGGAUUUUCAGGAGAUGGCCAAACGUGCACAGGUGGGUGUUGACUAUUAUCCAUCAGCAAUUCUACACAAAAGCCGCACCGCAUUCCUGUCGUAACACGAAAAGGUCUAUGUAUGAGUCCUUUUCUUCAACUUUUGCAUGCUUGUUCAUGUGCCAUUUAUUUUAUAGUUUGAAUGGCAGGUACAGCUUAGAUUAUAAAUAGCGAAGAAAUUAGCUAUUUGAAAAUAAAAAAAUGUUUAGAAGCUCAUGUAAUCUUUUGGCGUUAUCCAUUCCACCGGGCCUCUUAUCAAUGUCUUGCUGUGAUUUUCAGAUAUCGACGAGUGUGCUUUGAUAAAUAAUAAUUGUUCCAAGGGUGGCGCCAAUUGCACAAACACUCUGGGGUCAUUCAACUGCACCUGCCAAACUCAAUAUUUCUGGAAUGGAAUUGAAUGUGAAGGUUUGUUUUCUGUAUCUAUAUUUGAUAAAAUUUUUAAACCAAUUAGAAAUAGCCGUCUUUCUGACAGUCUGUCUGGUUGUCUGAGCCUUCAUUUUUUCGUCUUUUGGUGUGUCCAUAUGUUCGUCAUUCUGCAUUUCUUUUGAAACGUUGGAAUAGGCCAAUUUCGAAUUCUCGGACAUUAGUGAUCUGGUGCCGAAAUUACGGCGUGAAAACGAGGCUAAGAGCGAAGUCGCCCUCAUCGGUAUACAGAAUAAAGAGCUGUGCUAGUGAGCGAAAAUUUCCCGAAAUUCGGUGUUGGAGAGUGAAAAAUUAUUUGUGGGCGAGAAGUUUAGUGAUGGCGGCAGAGUAAGAAAAAAAAGCCGAACUGUUCAAUUUAAGCAAGAAAACUGAUCAAACAAGUCGCUUCUACAAAACACCUCGCAAUGAACGAGAGAGACUUCAUAAAUUCACAACUUGCUUGCACUUUUGAUAAUUUUUCAAGCCAACUUUUUUUGACCUGGCUAAUGAUUCCCCCUUUUUGCCCUCGUUUAUACGCCCUGAUCGAAAUACCGGUCAUCGCCAAAAUUCAUUUUCGAUUCUGGUGUGCCCUUCAAUACAAGGGUGACGGGAUUCUCGUCGUAAAAAAUAAUUUAGGGGACCGGCGCUCGCCCUAUAUUCAAACUAUUCUUUCAAGAAAAGAAGGUAAUUGGAAAGUCAAUGCCGAGCUGGUUCAAAACUUUCCGUAUGUUUUACACAACAUAGUCGCUGUAAUGUAUCAUGUGCCCGCUUUUAUUAAAAAGAGGGUGGUAAUAAUGGAUAAAUAAUCCUAAUGAUGAAUGAUGAUGAUUUCUUGCAAUCAAGGUCAAACUAAAAAAAAUGUGAUUAUCAUUUCCUUUUUGAACUACAAUUAACUUUCUAGCCGACAACUGUUAUAACUACUCAACUCUGAGUGACGCUGACAGAAAGAGGACUUUCGUUACACCCUUUCAUGGUGAAGUUUUGUGUGAUAAACUGCUACUUGAGAGGUGGUAUCGUUUUGAGGGAGAUGCAGGGACAAGAAUGCCAACAACGCCAGUGGAUGAUAAUCACUGUAAUACAGUCCGCUCAGGCUGGUUGAAUGGCGCUCAACCUACAAUGGGAGAUGGUGAAGUAAUUAGGACGGUCUGCUUCACCAGAGGUAGUAACAAGUGCAGUCAUUCAAAACAAAUCAAGAUGAAAAACUGUGGAUCCUACUUUAUCUACAAACUGGGUCCACCUCCGAUUUGUAAUUCUCGCUACUGUGGCACAGACUAAACAUGAAUUAGAUAAAUAGGAAAAUGUUGCAAGUGAAGAUCCCAGUGAGCAUAAUUUGUUGUUUCUAAUUCUUCUAAAAUUUAAACUGGUUCUGUUGCGUUGCUAUGUGCAGUAAUUUCAGAAUGAUAGUCUGAUUUACUCCAAUAUACUACCAUUUAAGCUGACGUAGAACAUCGGUUCAUUGUAUGUUAUUAAUGUGUUUGCCAGCCCGGUCGAAAUCUCUUUAAACGUUCGCCUGAGCCGCAUUUCAACGUACAUAGUCAUAUGUGGUCAUUUGCCUGCACUAAAAAUGAACUUAAGCUAAUUUGCGUUAAAAAGACAUGAUCGACAUGACCAAAUCGUUGACGAAAGAAGACGCAAAGACCCUGGUACUUCAUAUUCCUUUUUCAAAAAUAGAGGUCAGAAGGGAUUGUAAUUAGAUUGCUUUGGUAUAAAUAAGUGUUUUUAUCCAGUGUUUAAGAAGGAAAAAGACUGUACUUUCGGUGUCGUAUGUGCUGCAUGAAAAAGCACAUCAAAUGCCCCAACAACAAUCAUUCACUGAUGGUGCCUCUUAAUGGCGAGAUAAUUCUGCUUUUGUUUAGACCUUUAGCGACAAAAUAGUUUUCUCUGACUUAGGCUAUUACAGUU